AUGUAGCCUGGUGACGGAGAUGUAGCCACGCUGAGUACAAGAUGACGCAGAUAUCAUUCAGCGAGGUGGAGGAGUGGCUAGACGCGCACCCAGACCUCUGCCAGGACUACUUCCUGCGCAAGACGGAUUUGUCGGUGAUCAACGCGUGGCUGGUAGCUCACGGGUUCCUCACCAUCAACGACUACAUGACCGGGUCCUCCAGGAGAGGAUCGUCCAGCUCUGGCAACAUCAGCCCCAGCUACCACGACGAUCCGCCCCCCUCUAACCCUCCACCGACACCUACCAUCGUACUGAACGGUCGGUCCGAGCCCAACCAUCGCCGUACCAAUUCCAAGCGGUGCCUGCGACAUGACUUCGCCCGCAACAAGAGCCGCAGCUUCUUCAGAACGCACGAUGUCAACUCUGGGACGGAGAAAACGCCCAUAUCCACAAGUCGGAGGUCGUCCCUCAAAGAUAUGCGCAAAUACACGUCUCUGCCGCCCAAUUCCAUCAACAUGUUGUCGCUCCUGAUAGAGUCUAAGGUCCGUCUGCCCCAGAGCGCUCCUACCCACAGUCGCUCUACCAAGAGAGAGCUGCUGCGCACUCAGGGAGAGAGAGACUUCUUCCUCAACAUAGUGAGAGAUGUCGCCACCGAGCUGGACCUCAAGAGUCUCUCGCACAAGACCGUUGACAACUUAACGGUAUUGCUGGACGCUGACGGGGCAUCCCUGUUCCUGGUAGAGGGUCGCAAGGGAGGCAGACAGACGCUGGUGUCCAAGGUGUUCGACGUCCACAGCGGCGCCGCGAGGUUCCUGCUGCCAGGGGGUGGUCCGGGGGGUGACAACGAGGUGGAGGUUCCCUGGGGUGUGGGAGUGCUAGGUCACGUCGCCGACACUGGCGAGACUGUCAACCUUCAGGUCGCCUGCGAGGACCCACGGUUCGACGACGAGGUAGAUCGCAUCACAGGCUACCACACAGAGUCCUUGCUGUGUAUGGCGGUGAGGAACGCCUACGAUGAGAUCAUUGCCGUGGCUCAGGUUAUCAACAAGAACCCCGACAAAGAUGGCGGUCACUUCACAUCAAAGGAUGAAAAGCUGUUCGAGACCUACUUGCAAUUCGUGGGGAUUGCUUUGACAAAUGCGCAGAUAGUGGAGACCUCUCGACUUGAAUACGAGAGGAAUAGGAACCUGCUGGAGGUGGUACACGACUUGUUCGAGGAGCAGACCUCGCUAGAGAAGGUGAUCCUCAAGAUCAUGCAGCGAGCCCAGCGUCUGCUCAAAUGUGAGAGGGCUGCAGUGCUCAUUGUGGACGAGAGCUCAGAGGUGGUGAAAUUUUCCAAAUUGUUCGAAUUGUCUUCUCCAAUGGAUGGCCAUAACACCCUUAACAACCCAAGACUGCAGGUGGAGAAGGGGAGUGUGUCCAGGUACCUGCUAGGGUUGGCUGAGAGGGUGGCGGAGUCUGGAGAAGUUGUCAAUGUCGCGGAGUGUGUCGAAGUAGAGAAGGGAGCUGUAGGCAACGUGCGGUGUCUGCUGGCCAUGCCCAUCCGCAACAGGAAGUACCAGAUUAUCGGGGUUGGCAGUAUAAUAAACAAGCUCAACGGAUCACCUUUCGAUGACGCAGACGAGCAACUAUUUGAGGCCUUCACAAUAUUCUGUGGCCUCGGGAUCCACAACACCAUGAUGUACUCGGAGGUGGAGAAGGCGAUGGCGCGCCAGAAGGUUACCAUAGAGGUGCUGUCCUAUCACGCUACUGCAUCCAACAAAGAACUGGAAGUGUUUAUUGAAAAGCCAGUGCCGGCGGCAGAUGAACUGAACCUGUACUCUCUGUCUUUCGACGACUUCUCCCUGGGGGACGAGGAGAUGUUGUUGGCGGCCGUCAGCAUGUUCCUGGAACUGGGACUGGUCAAGAGGUUCAGCAUAGACAAGGAGACGCUGUACAGGUUUCUGAUAACAGUAAAGCGCAACUACAGGGACGUUCCUUACCAUAACUGGAGGCACGCCUUCAACGUCGCCCAGGUCAUGUUCGCCAUUCUGAUGGGUUGCGAAAUGAAAGGGACUUUCAGCGAUCUCGAGGUUCUUGGUAUGUUCGUUGGAUGUCUUUGUCACGACCUUGACCACAGAGGAACCAACAACGCGUUCCAAGAAAAGGCUGGUUCUCCUCUGGUCCAGCUGUACGGCACCACCAACACCAUGGAACACCACCACUUCAACCACGCCGUCAUGAUCUUGAGCAGCGAGAACCUCAACAUAUUCUCGUCACUCUCAGCUGGCAGCUUCUCUACUGUGAUGAAGGUACUCAAGCAUAGCAUCCUCGCAACGGACCUCUCCACUUACUUUGAGUUGCGGCCCAAGUUCUUCGCUCUGGUAGAGUCACGCCAGUAUAGCUGGGAGUGUGAGGAACACAGAGAGUUGCUGAGGUCAAUGCUGAUGACGGCCAGUGAUGUCGCAGCAAGCAGCAAGCCUUGGUCAGUGCAAGAGCGAGUAGCUCGCCUCGUCACUGCUGAGUUCUUUACUCAGGGAGACAAGGAACGUACGGAGCUGAACCUUCAGCCUCAGGCACUGAUGGACCGCGAGCGUCAGCACGAGCUGCCUCAGCUGCAGAUCAAUUGGAUAAGAGACAUUUGCCUGCCUCUGUACCAGUCCUUGGGCCAAAUGAACCCAAAGCUGAACGUGAUGAUGGAAGGAGCUAUGGAGAAUAUGAAAAACUGGUCAGAUCUGAAUGCCAAGACUGAAGAGUCUCAGAGGACAGCGGUCCUGAACAGUGAUGAGCAUGAACACGUAGGUGUGUUGAACGGCGGCGUUGAACACGACUCCGGCGACGUGGCGUGAUAACGCACCACUUCACAAGCAAUAUCUCCCUCCAUACAUGAGUCUACCACUGUAAAUGUAAAAGGCUUGUAUUUUAACUGGGUGUACAUAAUAAUGUAAUAUCAAUGAAAAUGCAAUAACGUGUUAUUUUUACUAUGACUAUUGUAAAAUACAUAUUUCAAUCUUUGUAAAGAUGGAACUUUGUUUUUAACUUUAUUCAAUGAGGUGAACAAAUUGUAUUUGUUUAUCCAUAACUGGGUACUUUAUCCUUAACCGAAACUAUCUCUAUAUUGUCUUACAAAUUUUUAUUUUGGUUUAUUAUCUUCAACUUCUAAAUGUUUGAUUUUAUUGUUUUUGGACGUACAGUAAUUUGUUAAUUAAAUGGAAAGAUACAUUUAACUAGACCUGUGGUGUGUGUACUUCGAUAAAAACAUACCACCGGUAUUAAUAAUAAAGUUCUUGUGUCAUAAAAUUCACUCAUCUUUUUGCGACUACUGAAUAUUUCCAUAUUAUAUAACGAUUUAAACUUCUUACUGAAAACACACUUUUCCUUUGAUCAAAGAAAGCAACGGAUCGACUUGAGCUUGUUGUUUAUUAUGCAUCAGAUUUAUUCAAGCUGCUUAUAGGAAUUCCUAGAAACGUAUAAAUCAAGUUAUAUAAAUAUAUACAUAUUAUAUAUUUUGUACAAUAUUUCAAGUGUGGUGACUUACUUUGUAGUAAUGUAGUAACGUUUAAGACUGAUUCCAGAUGACCAGUAACAAGAAUGGCGUUGUAUUAAAAGGAUAUUGUAGAUAUAA